GCUGCACCGGAUAAGCAAACAGGGUGGGACUUCGGUGGGGAAGCUCCCGCUCGCUCCUCCGCAGUUUUGGAGAGUUUGGCACUUAGGAGCCGAUUCUGAUUUCGCGUUCGCUUGUUCGCACUCGUACGUGCAUGCGCGCGUGGUCCUGUUGUGAUGUUGGUGGACUAGGAUCGCUUUUGAGGCUUCGCAGGCUGGAAAAAGAAGAACAAUCGGGACUGGAAAACGCAGGCAGGCGCCUUUCCUGGGUCUCAAUGAAAUCGGGUCGGCAUAAAAAGUGACUUUUCCUCCGCCCAGGAUUUAGAGGGAGGGCAGCGCGAGUCUUAUCCGCGCGCAGCUGCGUUGUUAACCCGAAGCGGCGCACCGAGAGAGCAGCGAGAGCGACCGACGAGGGCAGCCAGGGAGGCGCUAUGGCGAGGCUCUGGGGAGCGAAUGUAGCGGCGGCGAGUGUGCUUUUACUUUUGCAGUGUUUUGCUGACCGGUGGCAGCUCAUCGGAGCCCUGAAACCGAAGCGCAGUCACGGUGUGUUAUAUGAAAUGGUCCAGAGCUUCCCUCGAGUAGAGGAGAAUCUACGAGUGGAUUCCUACAGAUUUAGCCACAGAUGGAAACGACAUUCAGAAUCUCUCAAGUCGGUCAACACCAACAGAGCCAGUGUGGGGCAGGACUCCUCAGAACCUGGAGGCUUUACUGACUUGCUGCUUGAUGACACGCAUGAUAACACAACACAGAUUGAGGAGGAUAUGGAUCAUAAUUACUACACCUCUAGGACGUAUGGCCCAUUUGAUUCUACCAGCCAAGAUCUGUGGGUGAACAUAGACAAAAUGGAAAAAGAUAAAGUGAAGAUCCAUGGAAUCCUCUCCAACACACAUCGGCAAGCAGCGAGAGUGAAUCUAUCCUUCGAUUUUCCAUUUUAUGGCCAUUUCCUACGUGAAAUUACUGUGGCAACUGGGGGUUUUAUAUAUACUGGAGAAGUUGUGCAUCGAAUGUUAACAGCUACGCAGUAUAUUGCACCCUUGAUGGCCAACUUCGACCCUAGUGUGUCAAGAAAUUCAACUGUCAGAUACUUUGAUAAUGGUACUGCACUGGUUGUGCAAUGGGAUCAUGUCCAUUUACAAGAUAAUUACAAUCUGGGAAGUUUCACAUUUCAGGCAACUCUUCUCAAUGAUGGACGGAUCAUUUUUGGCUAUAAAGAGAUUCCUGUCUCAGUGACACAGAUAAGUUCAACCAACCACCCUGUGAAAGUGGGUCUGUCUGAUGCAUUUGUGGUCAUCCACAGGAUCCAGCAAAUUCCCAAUGUCCGUAGAAGAACAAUAUAUGAGUAUCACAGAGUGGAACUUCAGAUGUCAAAGGUCACCAAUCUGUCAGCUGUAGAGAUGAUUCCUCUACCCACCUGCCUCCAAUUUAACAGCUGUGGGCCUUGUGUUAUGUCCCAGAUUGGCUUCAACUGCAGCUGGUGCAAUAAGCUCCAAAGAUGUUCCAGCGGAUUUGAUCGUCACAGACAGGACUGGGUUGACAAUGGCUGCCCUGAAGAGUCUAAAGAUAAGAUUUGUGAGAAGAAUAUAGACACCACUCAAAUGCCUCCUCAUACCACCAUCGCUGUACAGCAAACUACAAUGAGAUCCAGAGCUUUAACAACAACCAAAGGAUCCACAACAUCUCAUCUGCCAACGAGCCUACCCACAGAAGAUGAUACCAAGAUAGCUCUACACCUAAAAGAUAAUGGAGCCUCAACGGAUGAUAGCGCAGCAGAGAAAAAAGGUGGAACUCUUCACACUGGCUUAAUCGUUGGAAUUUUCAUACUGGUCUUGAUUGUAGCAGCAGCGAUACUUGUGACAGUUUACAUGUACCACCAUCCAACAUCCACAGCCAGUCUCUUUUUUAUUGAGCGCCGCCCAAGCAGGUGGCCUGCCAUGAAAUUUCGGAGAGGAUCUGGACACCCUGCGUAUGCUGAAGUGGAACCUGUUGGUGAGAAAGAAGGCUUCAUUGUAUCGGAGCAGUGCUAGGAUUUUCUGUGGCAGAUCACCAGUACUGGCCUACAGGUGUAAGACGUUUACUCUGCCACUCAUUAAAGAAAAGCUGCUGUGGUCCAAGAGAAAAUGGAUUGCUGGAUAAACUUUCCCAGGAAGAAAGAAGGAUCUAUGAUGACCAGAUACCUUUUUCACAGGGAUAUUUUUUUCCAGAGCAAAUUGGCACACAAUGUUUCAGUCGCCUCCUUCACCUCCUUCAAGCACCUGCAGUAUGAGAAUGAUGGACACAACUGCCAUACUCUUGGUUUAGGUGUAGGAGGUGCCGUGCAGUCCAGGAAAUGUAUCCAAAGCUUUAGUUCAGAACAGUGCUUCCCUAUCUGAUUCAGCACAGAGGUGUGGUGUUGGUUUUUAAAUGGUUACCAAGGGUUUCCUUUAAUACCCAGAGGUAAUGCUCCUCAUUGACAAGGCUGCUGGUGAGAUCAAUCUGAUGCAGAUAACAUAGCUUAGUAAUUUUCUAUACUCCCAUGAGUAAUACAGAUUUUGAUUUUCCCAUCCCAUAGACAUUAUAUAUAUAUAUGGACAUAGCAGAGUGUUUCUUGUAUUCUGUAGGCUUAUAUCCCUUGAACUGUGAUUCCUUUACUAUUACUACAACUAUAGUUCUAUAGUUGACAAAGCACUAGAGAGUUUCAUUUUUGAAGAAAAGGAAAGCAGGAAGGUUUUCACUAUGGUGAAAUUGGGCUGCCCAACUGGAGUAUAUAGUGAAAUUGGACUAAUAUUAAGUUUCAAUGUUCACAAAGGUGAGACUGAGGCUGCAGUGCUAUGCACCUUUCCUUGGCAGUCAGUCCCUUGGGACUCAGUGGGACUCAUUUCUGAGGGACUGUGCAUCAGAUUUCAGAGAUGCUGGUUAUGCCCCUGAAAGGAGGACUGAAGCAGACAUGAUGGAAGCAUCUGGCUGAUGCUGGGGCUGGCAGGGGGACCAACCAUGGUAAGCAGGCAACAGGGCGGGGAAACAUUUCCAUUUAUAACUCUUGUCAUUCUGUCACAGGCCUCUGAAGAAUAGCAUCAUCAGUUCCAAUGCACCCCUCAACUAAAUAAAUAUUAAAAAUGUUGCAAUCUCUGCUGAUUCAUUUAGAAAUAUUGUUUAAUGCACAUAGUAGCUGCAUAAAUAUAUAUAUAAAUAUAUAUAUAUGAAAUAUAUUUUUGUUAUAGCUAACACAAGGCAGGCUCUUGUGACUGUUAAGAGUGCAUUUUUUGCCAUCCAGACGAUGGAAAUAGAUUGCAUUGCUGCACAUUUCCACUGAGUUGUAAAAUAAUCCUUAAUAUUAAAAUAAAUUUUAUGUCAUGCAGAGAACGUGGUCCAUUUAACUGCCCCUUGGAGCCACGGUUUCUUUAACAACUAAACCCUUUCCUUCUCUGAGUAGGGAAAAUUACUACUUUUUUAGAAACUCCCAGUGACAUAUUCCUUUGGACGGAAAGGGGGAGUUAUACCUUGAGUUACUAAAACUUCUAUUAAGAUUUUAUACCAACGUGGCAUUGUGGACUUUGCCAAUCUCGUUUUCACAUAACGUAUGAGCAGAGGCAAUAGAAUCAUGGUAAGGUACAAGUUGCAGUUUCAGAUUCCAAGUUCAGAUACCUAUUCAGGUACCAGCUUUAUAACAUAGUUCUCUACAUUUUCAUGUCAAUACUUGUAUGUUCUGCUUUUUAAAGACAACACCACCAUGAUUUUAACUUGUUAUUUCCUUCAGUAAAUAAUACAAUACCGUA